CGAUUCCCUGUUGCCAUCAUGGAAGAUACUUCCAUCCAUCCAGCCCGCCACGAUUCCACGGCAACUCCAGCCAUUGGGCCUUUUAUGCAUGCUCGGGAGAUCCGACAUCUACGAUCCUGGAUCGCUGGACCUAUACCCAGAUCAGUAAUAAUGAUAACACCACAGCAGUAGCACCAGAGGCACAAAGGAUGAACUGCUAAGCCAUCGUUCUUGCUAUUGUUAUUAUUAUUAUUCUUCUUCUUCCGGAGAAUUCAGAGCAUAAUCAGCAUGUUGGCUGACCCCAUCACUCCACACGAAUCAUUAUAAUUAUCAUUCGACUAAUCCAAGACAACCGACGCGACCCGCUGUCAAAUUUUGCUUUGUUAGGCUUCGAGCUGUGGAAAAUUUCAAUUUCAGCCCUCCCCCUUUCCCUCUGUUUUCCACUGGCCCUUCUUAAGAUAUAAACUCUCUUUCUUCCUCUCUUUUCCCCCUCUUCUUAUUCUUUUCUUCCCAACCUACUCACCUAUAAAGGUGGUCAUCCUCUUUCACUAAUAUUUAUUUAUUUUUCUUUGUUUCCAUUGGUGGAAUCUAGAUUCUCAGGUUCCUCCAUCUUUUCCACACCCUUCAAAGGAAUCCAAGCUCCUUUGCUUGGUUGAGGAUCAUCGCCACUUUUAUUAUUCCCACAAAAUACCUCUCUUCCCUUAGAACAUUUCUCCUUCGGGGAUUUAUAGCGGGUUCUCUUUUCUCUUUUUUUUCAAACUGCCCCCCAUCUGCCUCUUACUUUCUUGCUGUACACGCCGUAACCUCCCGCCAGUCCAACGUCAUCAGUCGGUGGAAGACUACCAUUUGACUCGGAGAGUAUCCGUCUCGAGGUCCUUCUGUCGACUCGCUCCCUCUUCGCUGAAACCCUGGAGCGAUUGCGCGCUCCUUCUCGAAUUAAUCCAGUCAAGUUGGCGGGACUCAACCCCUCCCAGACCUCUUUCCUCCACCCUCUCCUGGGCCCCAAGUUCAGGGUCUUCUGCGGGGGCGACACCAGACCCCCUUAACUAGGCUUCAACGACACUAUCACUUGGGCAGACAGACGUGUGCUAGUAACGCCAGAACCCCUAAGAGGGUUCUGGCUGAGGAUGCAGAAGAAUUCGGUCACCCUAGGGGCUUGAUCGACCCUUCUUUACAUCUUGUUCGCGGAGCAUUGUUGUCCUUGAAAAAGCCUUUUGACGAACCCACAAGGUCCCUUUGCAUUAUCACGGUGCAAUUUUGAACGUUAUCAAUCGACAGCUGGAAACAAGCCAAGUCGACAGACGAAAGAAAGAAAGAACGAAAGAAAGGAAAAUCUAUGAAGUGUCGUCGAUGGGGUAACAAUGUCGGAGUCCCCGAAGUCUGAAAAGGGCGAGUACCUGACCAGGUUCAGCACGCCUGUUCCUGAACUAGAUGACCACCGCUUCCAGCUCUACCCCGAAGAUUCAAUGGAUGCCAAUGCCGAUAUUCGCGAAUCAUUUAAUCCGAAAAGCAAUAUGAGCCAGGGUUUCAACCCAGAGACACCGGAGCGUCCACAGGUUCAAAGGACUCUCCUUGAACCAGGAUCCGCUUUUCGCGAUUUUGAACAGGCCAUAGUUGACGAUGACAGGUCUGGCAACGAUAUGGAUGCCUUCAGCCGGCGCGUUUCUGUUGAUCCCGUUGUCUGUCGUCGCAAUGGCCGUACAUACAGCCGUACUCAGCAGGACCGUCCAAAUGUUUCGAGAGAAUCGUCCGUCUCCGCAAAAUCCUCUUCCCCCCCUAAUUCGGUGGAGGCUUUCGCAGAUCCACGCCGCCGGGAACGUGCAAACACUCUCGAAAGUCAUGCGCCUACGGACUUAGAGGCCGCUCUCCAGCGCACUAUCUCGGGGGGGACUAAUGGUCGCCGCCCGACAUUCAGCAACGCCAGCGCCGUAAGACCACAGCUGGGAGACGCCCGGUUAGAUUCGGCAGAGAACAUUGUUACACGUCCGUUUGAGGAACCUGGCAGGAUCCCCGUUAUCGACUAUGAAGAGCUAGAGGAAUUUGUCGCUCUAAACAAGAAGACAAAAUCCGCCGCGAACAGGCGGAAACAUAGCCUGAGCUCUCAGAGCAAGAAUCUUCGUGUCUUUCAUGACCUUCGUCCGGGAGCGCAACGAUCUGAUUCGUCGACUUACAUGUUCUCCCCGUUCGACACGAAGCCGGUUGAGAAAAUUUCGGAUGGAGAAAUGGAUGAGAAGGAGCUCCUGGACACCCUCCAGAACGAAAACGAACCUACUCGCUUCAGCUUCUUCUCAUCUGAAUCACAAAGCACGGUACAUGCUGCCGAGCUCGGAGAUUUGGUCCUUCCAGGAGACACUUUUCGAGAUCUAUUUGAGCUGGGACCAGAAGGGGGCGUUUGGUGGCUUGAUGUUGUCAACCCUACCGCUCCCGAAGUUGAAGCCAUUUCCCGAGCCUUUUCAAUCCAUCCCCUCACGACUGAGGAUAUCUUGACCCAGGAAGCUCGCGAGAAGGUCGAGCUAUUUAAGCAGUAUUAUUUUGUCUGCUUCCGGACGUUUUAUCAGAUGGACAAGAGCAGUGAACGGUUUUUGGAACCAGUUAAUUUGUACAUGGUGGUUUUCCGGGAUGGGGUCUUGACGUUUUCAUUCACAGAAAACCCCCAUGCUGCCAAUGUCAGAAAGAGAAUUGGGAAACUUCGGGACUAUGUCUCUCUUAGCAGUGACUGGAUUUGCUAUGCCAUGAUGUGGGUCUCUUUACCUCCUUUUUUUAGCUGCUUCUCCUCAUCUUCCCAAUACUAAUGCGGAGUGAAAAUCUAGCGACGAUAUUGUGGAUAGUUUCGGACCAGUCAUUCGAGAUGUUGAAGUUGAAUCCGAGGCAAUUGAAGAUUUUGUUUUCAUCGCGCGUGUGGACGAUUUCGAAUCAUUCCUUCCGCGCAUCGGUGGACUGCGCAAGAAGGUCAUGAGCUUGAUGCGCCUGUUAGGUGGGAAAGCCGAUGUCAUCCGAGGCUUCUCCAAGCGUUGCAAUGAGCAGUAUUCAGUGACUCCACGCGGUGACAUUGGCCUGUACUUGGGUGAUAUUCAGGAUCACGUUGUCACCAUGAUGUCGAACUUGGGCCACUUUGAGAAGAUGCUCAGCCGCUCACACACCAACUACCUGGCACAGCUAAAUGUGACAAAUCUGGUUCUGGGGAAUGAAGUGAAUAAGGUCCUGGGAAAAGUGACACUCAUCGCCACGAUGAUGGUCCCAAUGAACCUCAUCUGUGGUCUCUUUGGUAUGAAUGUUCCAGUGCCUGGGAUGCAUAGUGACGGCCUUGGAUGGUUCUUUGGCAUAGUUGGAGUCCUUGCGUUUAUUGUCAUCGCCAGCACUCUGGCGGCUCGGUGGUAUAAGCUUGUUUAGGGGGCGGCUGUGAUACCAUAAUCCUGUUUACGAUGCGAUGCAGUUUAGUGACUUCCAAUUAUGUGUUUGUCUUUGCGACCGAUGAUAGAUAUAUAUACACUUUUAC